CCCAUGUAGAGCCCAAGGUCAACCACAGCCCCAUGGCCCAUGUAGAGCCCAAGGUCAACCUCAGCCCCAUGGCACGCAUGGACUUGAAGGCCCCCCAAGACUCUGUGUCCACCCAGGGCCCCACAGCCCACUUAGAGCCGGACUUCCACACCCCCCCCCCAUCCCAUCGAUGUCCCCGGCUCCCUUCAGGCCCCCACCUGAGCUUGGUGCUGCUGACUUUGGGGUCCCUCCUGCUCCCAGCAGCCUCGGGGGCCGCGCUGGAGUUCGGGGGCGCCCCGGGCCAAUGGGCGCGUUACGAGCGUUGGGCGCCGGGUGCCGGCGCUCAACUGAGCUUCAGCUUCAAGACCAACAUCACCCGGGCCCUGCUGCUCUACCUGGACGACGGCGGCAACUGCGACUUCCUGGAGCUGCUGGUGGCCGAGGGGCGGCUGCGCCUGCGCUUCGCCAUCGCCUGCGCCGAGCCGGCCACGGUGCAGCCGCCGGCGGUGGUGAGCGACGGCCGCUGGCACAUGGUGCUGCUGACCCGCAACGCGCGCGAGACCGCGCUGGCCGUGGACGGGGACGCGCGCGCCGGCGCCGUGCGCUCCAAGCGCGCCGAGAUGCUGGUGGCCAGCGACCUGUUCGUGGGGGGGAUCCCGCCGGACGUGCGCCUCUCGGCGCUCACCCUCAGCACCGUCAAGUACGAGGCCCCCUUCCGGGGCUGGGUGGCCAACCUGAAGGUGGGCGAGGUCCCCGCGGCGCUGCUGGGCGCCCAGGGCGUGCGGGGAGAGGGGCAGGAGCGCUGCGCGCGCCACCCGCCCUGCGCCCACGGAGGCCGCUGCACCCUGCGCCGAGGGGAGCCCCAGUGCGACUGCGCCGGCACCGGGCACCGCGGGCCCUUCUGCGCCGAAGAGGAAGAACCGGCUGUGGAAGGCCCCGCCCACCUGCGAGUCACCGGCCAAGGGCCCGCCGAGGUCACCGAGGGGGGAACCGGCCCCGGCGCCGGAGAGAUCCAGCAGGCGGCGAAAGGCCGGGACGAGUACGUGGCCACCUUCAAGGGCAACGAGUUCUUCUGCUACGACCUCUCGCACAACCCCAUCCAGAGCAGCACGGACGAGCUGACGCUGUCGUUCCGCACGGCGCAGCGCAACGGGCUGCUGCUGCACACGGGCAAGGCGGCCGACUACGUCAACCUCUCGCUCAAGAGCGGCGCCGUCUGGCUCGUCAUCAACCUGGGCUCGGGCGCCUUCGAGGCGCUGGUGGAGCCCGUCAAUGGCAAGUUCAAUGACAACGACUGGCACGACAUCCGCGUCACCCGCAACCUGCGGCAGCACGCAGGGAUCGGACACGCUAUGGUAAACAAACUGCAUUACCUGGUGACGAUCUCGGUGGACGGGAUCCUGACCACGACCGGGUACACGCAGGAGGACUACACCAUGCUGGGCUCCGACGACUUCUUCUACGUGGGGGGGUCCCCCAACACCGCCGACCUCCCGGGGUCCCCCGUCAGCAACAACUUCAUGGGGUGCCUCAAGGACGUGAUCUACAAGAACAACGACUUCAAGCUGGAGCUGUCGCGCCUGGCGCAGGAGGGGGACGCGCGCGUGACCCUGCACGGGGCCCUGCUCUUCCGCUGCGAGCCCGUGGCCGCGCCGGAGCCCGUCACCUUCGGCACCCCCCAGGCCUUCCUGGCGCUGCCGCCCUGGCCGCCCGCCCGCACCGGCUCCGUCUCCUUCGACUUCCGCACCACGGAACCCAACGGGCUCCUGCUGCUGGGGCAGGGGCAGGCGCCGGGGCCCGGCCCCCCCCGGCCCCACUUCCUGGCGCUGGAGCUGCUGGACGGGCACCUCUACCUGCUGCUGGCCAUGGGCGCCGGGGACACGCGGCUCCGCGCCAGCGCCCGCAAGGUCACCGAUGGGGAGUGGUGCCACGUGGACGUGCAGCGGGACGGGCGCAGAGGCUCCGUCUCCGUCAACAGCCGCCGGACCCCGUUCCUGGCGGGGGGCGAUGCUGAGGAGCUCUGGUUGGACGCGGGGCUCUUCCUGGGGGGGGCCCCCCCGGGCUCCCCGCUGCCCCCCGCGCUCUGGGCCGCGCCGCGGGGGGGGUUCGUGGGCUGCGUGCGCGACCUCGCCAUCCACGGCCGCGCGCGGGACCUGCCCGCGCUGGCGGCGGCGCGCCCGCACCCCGGCGUGGCGCCCUCGUGCGUGCGGCAGCCCGCGCGGCACUGCGACAGCGCCCCCUGCCGGCACGGAGGACUCUGCCGAGAGGGCUGGAACCGCUUCACCUGCGACUGCCUCGGGACCGGGUACCUGGGAGCGCGCUGCGAGACCGAGGCGGCGGUGCUCAGCUACGACGGCAGCGCGUACCUGAAGGUGCUGGUGCCGGGCACGGCGCAGAGCGAGGCCGAGGACGUGGCCCUGCGCUUCCGGUCCCCCCGUGCCUACGGCCUGGUCCUGGCCACCACAUCCGGGCACUCGGCCGAUUCCCUGCGCCUGGAGCUGGAUGGGGCCCGCAUGAAGCUCACCGUGAACCUGGACUGCGUGCGCGUGGGCUGCAACCCCAGCAAGGGCCCCGAGACGCUCUAUGCGGGGCAGAAGCUGGAUGACAACGAGUGGCACUCGGUGCGGGUGCUGCGGCGCGGGCGCAGCCUCCAGCUCUCCGUGGACAACGUCACCGUGGAAGGGCAGAUGUCGGGCUCCCACGUGCGCCUCGAGUACCACAACAUCGAGACGGGGAUGGUGACGGAGCGGCGCUUCCUGGCCGCGGUGCCCUCCAACUUCCUGGGCCACCUGAGCGGGCUCCUCUUCAACGGGCAGCCCUACCUGGACCUCUGCAAGAACGGGGACAUCAGCUCCUGCGAGCUCAACGCCCGCUUCGGCCACCGCAGCAUCGUGGCCGACCCGGUGGCCUUCCGGGGCCGCGGCUCCUACGUGGCGCUGCCCACGCUCCAGGCCUACUCCUCCAUGCACCUCUUCUUCCAGUUCAAGACCACGGCGCCCGACGGCCUCAUCCUCUUCAACGGCGGCAACGGGAACGACUUCCUGGUGGUGGAGCUGGUGAAGGGGUACAUCCAUUACGUGUUCGACCUGGGGGACGGCCCCUCCCUCAUGAAGGGGAACUCGGAGCAGGCGCUGCACGACGGCCGCUGGCACGAGGUGGCGGUGGCGCGCGACGGCGGCGCCGUGCACGCGCUGCGCGUGGACGGGCGCCACGUGACCCAGCACGGGCAGGCGGGGCGGAGCCUCGACCUCAAGGGGGAGCUCUACGUCGGGGGCGCGAGCCGGGCGCUCCUGGGCCGCCUGCCCAAGCUGGUGGCGUCGCGGGGGGGCUUCCAGGGCUGCUUGGGCUCCCUGGACCUCAACGGGCGCCUGCCCGACCUGCUCGGGGACGCCCUGCAGAGAGUGGGGCACGUCCAGCGCGGCUGCGACGGCCCCAGCACCACGUGCACGGAGGAGUCGUGCUCGCACCAGGGCGUCUGCCUGCAGCAAUGGGAGGGCUUCAGCUGCGACUGCUCCAUGACCGCGCAUGGGGGAGCCUCCUGCACCGAGCCGGGUACCACGUACAUCUUCGGCCGCGGCGGGGGCCUCAUCACGUACACGUGGCCCCCCAACGAGCGGCCGAGCACCCGCGCCGACCGCCUGGCGCUGGGCUUCAGCACGAGGCAGCGCGACGCGGUCCUGCUGCGGGUGGAGAGCGCUGCGGGGCUGGGGGACUUCCUGCAGCUCCACAUCGCUGAGGGGGCCGUGGGGGUGCUCUUCAACGUGGGCACCGAGGACAUCGCCCUGGAGGAGCGCGCGGCCCCCGUCAGCGACGGCCGCUUCCACGUCGUGCGCUUCACCCGCAGCGGGGGCAACGCCACCCUGCAGCUGGACGGGGGCCCCCUGCACGAGCGCUACCCCCCAGGCAGCGGGGACAGCGAGCGGCUGGCGCUGGCGCGGCAGCGCAUCCCCUUCCGCCUGGGGCGGGUGGUCGAUGAGUGGCUGCUCGACAAAGGCCGCCAGCUCACCAUCUUCAACAGCCAGGCCUCGGUGCGCGUCGGGGGCCGGGACCGGGGCCGCCCCUUCCAGGGCCAGCUCUCGGGGCUCUACUACAACGGCCUCAAGCUCCUGGCGCUGGCGGCCGAGGGGCACCCCCGGGUGCGCGUCGAGGGCGACCUCCGCCUCGUGGGGGCGGCCCCGCCCCCGCCCCCCCCCGCCCCCCCCGGGGCUACCCCCGCCCCCCCGGACAUGGCCACCACCAUCAUGGAGACCACCACCACCAUGGCCACCACCACCACGCGCAGAGGGCGCUCGCCCACCCUGCGGGACACCGUGGCACAGAACACGGAUGAUUUGCUGGUGGCCUCGGCCGAGUGCCCGAGCGACGACGAGGACCUGGAGGAGUGCGAGCCGGGCACAGGCGGUGAAUUGGUGCUGCCGGCGGCCCCGGUGGGGGGGGGCCCCGUGUCCCCCCCUCCUCGCCCCGCGGGGUCCCCCCGCUCGCCCGCAUCGUGCGGCCCCGACUGCGAGGAGCCCUCGGGCUUCGCCUCGGGGGAAGCGGCCGAUCCCAACGCGCCCCCUGCCGACGACGAGGACUUCGGCGGAGGAGAAACCCCCCCCCCGCGCCGCCCCACCGACGGCGGCUCCGCCCACACCCAGCCCGGCCCCGGGGCCGUCACCGUGGCCACGGUGGUGGCCGCUCCGCUCCCGGGGCUGGUGCCCGCCGGGGAACGGCACCCGCGGGAGGGCUCGGCGGGGCGCGGGAGGGUGACGGGAGCCCCCGUGACCGCUCGCCCCGGUGCUGUCCCCACAGCCGCGGUCCCCGGCGCCGUGGAGGUGGUGCGCGAAGCCGGCGGCACCACGGGGAUGGUGGUGGGCAUCGUGGCGGCCGCGGCGCUCUGCAUCCUCAUCCUGCUCUACGCCAUGUACAAGUACCGCAACAGGGACGAGGGCUCCUACCAGGUGGACCAGAGCCGCCAUUACAUCGGGGCCGCCGCUACGGGCAACGCCGCCAACGCCGCCAGCGUUACCCAAGGGGGGGGCCCCAACGCAGCCGCUACCCCCGGUGGGGGGACCCCCAAGGAGAAAGCCCCCCCCGCGCCCCCCAAGGCGCCCGGCAAGGCCCGGCGGAACAAGGACAAGGAGUACUAUGUCUGACGGGGGGGG